AGUCUCAGCCCGACACUUUAACCUCAGUUGACAGUGCACUGUUUCUGUCUCUGUUGAAUCCCUCAACGAAUUCAGCCUGAUUGAUCUAAUGAGUUUGGGGAACUCAAACAUGGCUGGAAAUGCACAGGGAACGGCCUUCUCUCUCCUGCUUCUUGCCUCUAUUAUUCAAGGGCUCCAGAAUGUCGAGUUGUUCCAUUAUGAAGCGCUGGAAGCUGUAGAGGGCCAGAACAUUACCUUACCUUGCUUUGUAAAGAACCGCACUGAUGCAAAGAUUGCAAGUAUUGAAUGGAGUAUAAGAAAACAUGGAAUUACAAAGCUGGCUCUCUACAGCCCAGGUCAUGGAUUCCACCUGUUCAGGCCUAAUGUCACCAUCCAGCUUAAGAACAAUGAUGGAAAAAAUUUGACUGGCUCCUAUCUACACCUUCCUGAAGUGAUGAAAUGGGACAGUGGCGUCUAUGUUUGUGACCUUACAACUUUCCCUUAUGGAUCCAUCCAGUCUGAAACAGUGCUAACAGUCAAAGAUGACAUUAAAAUAAUGUGUGACACGGAUGGCCCUGUUGAGGUCCAUAAUGGAGAAAAUGUGACAAUUCGCUGCACAUUAUACCCUCAUGCACAGUACAGCUGGACCAAGAACAAGAAGCUGGUGUCAGCGAAAGAAUCUCUGGAGCUCUGGUGGGUGACUGAUGCUCUUGCAGGGGUUUAUACACUGACUGUCAACACAGGAAACAAAAGUCUGCAUAAAGAGUUUAUCAUCACAGUGCUAACAGAAGCCACAAGCUUAAGGACAGAUCUUGUGACAACAUCACCACAGGGUUUGACUGAAUCAGCAGACAGCAGCCUUAACACAUCAGCGACUACUGGGUUCUUAACCCAUGCAAAUGUGAACACGAAUACGGAUACUGUUAAUCUAAACACAAGUGAUUUUACAAUCACAACUGUAGAGAAUAUAACUUCUACGGAAUCAACACAUAUCAGUGUUAGAUCCUCCUCUGCCACGCACUCCACAGCAUCCAGUUAUGGUAGAACAGUGUUCAAAUCAACACCAGAAACGGCCAGUGAUGAGACAAGGAAUGAGUCCACAUCGCACCCAGAGGACACUUUCUCAGGAUGGCCAGAGGGGACCAGCACCUUAGAAAACCUUUCAGAAAAUUCUGAAAAUCCUGACGCAGCUUCAACUCCAAGUGUUGGAACUAUAACUGUAUUUGAGGACAAAGAUGCGGGACGGAGUCAUCUGUUGCCGUUAAUCAUCGUUCCAAUGCUGGUAUUGAUUGCCGUGGCCGGCUUUCUCUACAGGAGACAAAUGAUAAAGAAAAGAAUGGAUCUACCACCUCCGUUCAAACCCCCUCCACCUCCUGUCAAGUAUGCAGCUGCAAGACAAAGCGAGAAUUCAGCACCGCUUUUCCCCACUUCAAGGUGUAACUCAGUUGCAGAAUCGAAAGAUAUGCAACAACUGUUUGUUAUGAUAUGACAUAAGGAGUCAUUUGGGAAAUAUGGUUUGAGCAGGUGCGUCGCAUAGGGAUUUCACAUGUCGAAUCUUUUUGCAUUGGUGGGUUACAUUAAUGGCUAGGAACACAAAUGUAAAUAACUUCAAUAAACAUAUAUUAUCGAUUGUUACGGUAAAGCUAAUUACUUUUUGAUAGGUUAUGUCUAGAAUGUUAUCAGAACCCCAGUUCAUCACUGUAAAUGGAAAACAAAAUGAAAAGCUUCUGUCAGGUGCCAUUCUGACACAACAAAGGAGUACAUUAAACUCCAGUUGCACAUGUUUUUUUUAUUGCUGAAAGUAACAGUUGAUACUGUAUUACGUCAUCACCUGUGCAUGUUAAUCUUGUCUGACGCAGUUUUAAGAUGUACUUUCUUUUUUUUUAUCUUGUCUUGGUUUUACAAAGAGUUACAAAAUGCAUUACUUUCAGUUGUGGCCAGUUUUAAACUGCAGUUACAACCCUGUCACAGGAAACUGUGGAUGGGUUCCUUGAAUAAAGAAGAGCGUUUUUAUCAUUUGCUUGUACUCUGGCAGAUAUGACAUAUUUUGUGAUGAUUUUUGUUUUGUAGUAAAUGGAUUAAAAUUCAGCAUGUUUUGAAUUAUUUCAAUAAAAACUUGUUCAAUUUGACUACAAAUUGAUUCUGAACUGCUA